AGAGAUGAGGCUUUUUUGUAGCGCAUAUCUUCUGUCGCAUAUAGAAUAAUUAGAGGACGUGUAGGUUCGCUGUUUGUUCUGGGUGUUUUUAAUGUUGCUGAAAGUCUUCUAGGGAACGGAUUUCUAUUACAUUAACCCUGUAACGCAUCUACAAAACUACGAGCCGACUUUAGAUGCUAAACGUGGCUGGGCUGUGUGACUACAGUCGGGGGUGUAAGAGGGGGACUGUAUAAAUCUGAUUUUAAGUCUUAUUUUAUUCUGCGUCCUGGUUCCCCUCACCACUGCUGUAAAGUAAUCGGAGUUGGUCAUCAUGUCGAGAGUUCCCAUGGGGAAAGUAUUGCUCCGAAAUGUCAUCAGGCACACAGAUGCCCACAACAAGAUUCAGGAAGAGUCCGAGAUGUGGAAGCUUCGAGACAUGGAGCUCCAAACCUCGUCUGCUCAAGCUUCGAAGCACAGAUGGAUGACAAGCGGUCAUUUGGCGAGGAGCAACAUGCACUGCGACAGAUACUUGGAUGACUCAGAGGGAUCUGCGCGAGACAGGCUCGGUGAACGGAAAUGUCUGUCUGAGAAAGAUGAGCGGGAGGCUCGGUACUGGACACGAAAACUCUAUGAAUUCGAGGCCGGUGAUCCAGACAGAUGGGGUCACAGCGGAUUUAAGGAGCUUUAUCCAGAGGAGUUUCAGUCAGAUGGAGAGACUGAUGGCACUAAAAGCAGGCGAAAAAAUGGCAAGGACAGCAUGUCAGCUGACAGACGGAAGAACUCCAAGAAAUCCUCGAAGAAGAAGAAGAAGAAAAAGAAAAAGAGGCAGAGGACCGCGGGGUCAGACUCGGAGUGCGACAGCAGCGCAACGGACAGUAUCAAGAGGAAGCAAAAGAGGAAAAGUGGCAAAAGUAAACACAGUAGAAAGAAGGGACACAAAGGCAAAGCGAGAGAGGAGGACAGCAGCACGGGGGAUAGCGAAUCGGACAGGCAUAGAGACGUCACACGCAGGAAAAGACACAGAACUGCAGACACUCAGACAGAGCCUGAAAAGAAAAAGAGGAAAAACUGGAAAGCAAAUGAAGAGAAAUCGGAGGAGAGCUCUGAGGACUGAACGUGUUUUUUAUACGGGCUUUGAUCAGAACUAUUUAUCUAAAAACACACACAUUAUUUUUAGAUUUGGCAAACUGUUAGCGUGGAGUCAUCGCCCUGAUCUCGAUACCUCACUCAACUGAAACGUAUGUUUUUUUAUAUCAUUUUAAGAAUCCUGCCAUGUUGUUAUGAAUGAUUGAGUGAUUGUAUACAUUCGAAUGAAAAUUUCUUAUGUUUUAUAACCGAGACUCGGGUAUUUUUCUCUCAUGUGGAAGAAAUGCCAAACCCCACAUCUGUCAUUUGAUGAAACUGAGCUGUCAGGCCUUUUAGUUUGUCAAGCAUUGAGCUGAAAGUACUCAUAAGGAAAAGCCCAGGAGGUGGCGCUGUUGUGCUGUUGCACAUGUUCCCCAUAAAAUUGAGCUCUCAAGCCCUCUGUGUAUCAGCAGAGCUAACACCAGAGAAAAAUGGGAGAAAUGGUAUUAAUCUCUCUUUCGUCGUGGUGGGCAGCAGCAGUUACAGUUCCUUGCGAAUAUACUUAAAUACGUAAAUACCUUAAAGGUGCACAUUCCACGCCUUCAGUGGUUCAGUCACUGGUUUUCUUGUGAACUCGCAUGCUUCAUGCAUUUCUCCAGUUGCUUUAAUUGUGACCAUGUUUUGUCACUCAUUCCAAAUUCAGAAUAAGUCUGAGAUCAUUUUAAAGAAAAUGAAACCUUUUCAGAGCACAGUAUUUACGCAAGGCGUUGGAAGAAUUCCGGUGCUGUCGGCAGAAAACCUCGUAUCUCCAUUUUUGUCGUUUUUCAGUUUUUGACAUCAUUUCAAAGGACCUGUUGUUCUUUACAUUGUGUGUAAAUUUCAUGAUGAACGGAGCAAAAGAAACGGCCCAAAAUGACUUGGAAGGAUGUCUGGUUCCAUUGACAUCCAUUAAAUAUACAGUAGGUUUUUUCUUUCUCUUGUAAAGUUACAAUUUUGGAGAUACAAGGUUUUCUCCCGACAACAGCGACUAGCUUUUUCGUUUUAUAUGUCUGCUUUUUGAAAAAAGGAAAAUAUCGUGUAAGACCAGACGUAAACAAUGUCAUUCAGAGUGGUUUGAUCUUAAAUACCUUUAGUAGAGAAACUUACUGACUCAGAUUUCUUUGUAGUGGUGCUGAAGGGAACCAAGGGGUUUUGUUGCCUACAAUGUAAAAUUGAUUUACUCGCCAAAAGGGCUGUUAAGUCUACGUGUUCUCUGGGUUUUAAUAUACAGUGUUGAUCAUAAUAAAAUGGUAAAUGUUUUUAAA